UACUUAGCUUAGUCUGUUCAUAUUUUAAUGUACUUACUGUUUAUAAUUUUUUGUCUAAAUAUUGUGUAACUUCUACAAUUCUCUAUUUUUUUUGUAUCUUGUCCGUUCUAGCCCUGAAGAAGACCUGGAAAGUCGGGUCAAAACGUUGGCUUUUAAUAAAAAUAGUUUUACCACUAUUUAGCCUAUUUAUGACCGCCACCCCGGACCUUAUCCUUUCUUUAUUGCAACGGUCAACUAUUAAAUAUUCGAUAUAAUAAUAUAUUUGAUUUUGUACAUAUAAAGAGAAAUCAAGAUAAAUUCUUCGUGUGAAAACAAUACUAAGAAUGAAGGCAAGUUCAAAUAGUUCGAUGAUCUCAUUACAAUGACGCAUGCGUGCACUAGGUAUCUUGUAGAUCGUAUAAAUUAUAACGUUGAAAUUAAACCUUACGACUAUGAUUAUGUUGAGGAUACUGAUGGGACUGAUAAAGCCGACACGAUACAGCCCCUUCCUAAUCCGAUUUCCUUCCUUUUAUUAGCCCCCUCUCCCUUGGAGGAGCAAAAGCCGCCUGAGGGCAAAUUGGGCCGGUCCUUCGUCCCCCAGGAACCUCAGCGUCGGGGGCUGUGGUAA